CCCAAUUCAACGGCUUAAGAAGAGUAAAACCCUAAAAGGCCAAUCCUUAUUUUGCCAUUUUGAACUUGCCAAACCUAGCCAGUUCAUGGGCUAAAAGUUGACUCGGCAGUUUUGACUAACAAGCCCAAAUCCACAUUGGAUUCGAAUACCCGUGUGGAGACAGAAUGCUGGGUCCAAAAUCAGAACUGAUACCCGCUCCGAGCUCCAGAAACAAUUGAAAAACCCUCCGAAACCCUCCGUCCUCCACUCCAUUCUUCUCCCAUCUUCUUCAACUACGAACUGUUACUGUUCAAAGGCCGCCCCAUUCUUCUCUCUUCUUUUUUCAAUCAUGGCGGAAGGAACAGCAGCCGAGGCGGCUGUAAACAAUCCAGAGCCAGUCGUCUCAGCUGGCGUAGACAUGGAGGUCGUGGAGAUUUCUGAAGCGGCAGAAGGAGGGAAGCGAGCCAGGGAGGAGCAGGAAGGUGCGAACGGCGAUGCCACCAAGAAGCAGAAGGUGGAGGAGUCCGCGGAUGGAGCAAAUGAGGGAGCCGGAGAAGGGGAAGAAAAAGUUGGGGGAGAGUCUUCUGUGGAAGUGGUUGUCAGCUUGGGUCCGAAGAAGUUCGGGACAUCUACUCAGAUGUUUGAUUACUUCUUCAAGUUGCUUCACGCAUGGCCAAGUAAAUUGGAUUUGAACAAGUAUGAGCAUUUGGUUUUGGUGGAUUUGCUGAAGAAGGGCCAUCAAGAGUCGGAGGAAAAGAUUGGUUCUGGGGUCCGAUCUUUUCAAAUUCGUGAUCACCCGAUGUGGAAGAGUCAGUGCUUCUUCCUCGUUAGGGAAGAUGGUUCUGUGGAGGAUUUCAGCUUCAGGAAGUGUGUUGACAACAUACUUCCCUUGCCGGAGGAAUUGAAAGGACAUGGUGGUGGUAAUGGUGGUAAAGGUCACGGAGGCAGAGGUGGUGGUGGAGGAAGAGGUGGACGUGGUCGAGGCCGCGGGCGUGGGAGGAAGUGGUAAAUCAAGAACCAGCAAAACUUGAAUCGUCUUCUCUGAUUUACCUUGGUUUGAAGGCUUCAGUUAUACUUUUCCCCCCUCGUUGCAGAGCUGGUCAGGUAGUUUGUUUUGGUACUAACAGCAGCAUUUUGGAAGCUCUUCCAUAUAUAUAUAUAUAUAUCUAGAGAAACAUUAUAUGCUAUUUGCCAACGUUGUGUUAGCUUGAAGUUGAUAUUCAUUAAAGGUUGUUGCUGGUUUUCAUGUCUAUUCGACGGUGGUCUUGUUUGAAACUGCAUUGCUAUGUAUGUUUCUACUAGUUACUGUUAGUAGCGAGCAGUUGGUCCUAAAAAGUUAAGUCUAGCAAGUUUGUUUCGUCGAGAAUGGUUAUCCCUCUCUUUGCUACAUCCUUUGCCGCUGGAAAGCAAAGGAGCAAAAACUUGACCUGGGUUGAGUUGCCGGUCCUCUUUGGGCAGCUACCCUUGUUUAGCCAGGAUUUCGCUUAAGGUGGAUCUGGAAUGAAAAUAUAUAAAAAAUAAACUUAAUUAAUCUUU